AUGGAAAACAAUUUCAGUUUUGAGGGCAGUGACAUGUCCUGUGAAGACAACGACUCAGCCUUUCCCUCUCCAGUGAGACUGACCCCACUCUAUGACCUGGAGGGGGGGAGGCAGGAAGAGGAAGAGGAGGUGGAAGGACCUGUGGCCAUCCACAGUGAUUCAGAGGCUUAUCUGAACUUGAACACCAAUGCCACCACAAGAGGGGAUGCUCAAGCCUAUGUGGAGCUGAACGAGCUCCAGGGCAACACCUGGCAGGAGACUGGCCGCUGGGUGGGCUUCGAGGAGAACUUUAACCCCGCCUCCGGAAAAUGGGGUCCUUCUCAUGUCUCCCAUCUCACCUUCAAGAGCCUGAUCCAGCUCCGCAACACCAUGAGCACAGGUGCCGUCAUCCUCGACCUGAAUGCCAGCAGUCUGUCUGCUGUGGCUGAGAAGGUAGCUGAUGAGCUGCUGGAUAAGAAUGAGAUUCGCGCCAAUGAUCGGGACGGCCUUUUGAGAGCUCUUCUCAUGAGACGCAGUCAGACUGAAGGACCCGUGGUUACUGACACUGGAGAUGUUGAGAUGCAGACAUUUUCUGUAACCAAGAAGAGAGACACCUCUGACAACAUAGAGGCCUCAAUUGUCCUCUCAGGUGCCCUGGACAUUCUACAGAAACCAGUGGUGGCUUUUGUGAGGCUGAGGGACUCUGUCGUGAUGGAUUCCUCCCUUGAGUCUCCUGUCCCCGUUCGCUUCGUCUUUGUGCUGGUGGGACCCAGCCAGAGCGGAAUAGACUACAGUGAAAGUGGCCGCGCUAUGGGUGCUUUGAUGGCCGACUGGGUGUUCUGUCUGGAGGCCUACUUGGCUCAGACUGACAAAGAUUUGACCAACGCCAUCGCUGACUUCAUGGAUUGCAGCAUUGUGAUCCCUCCAACUGAAAUUCAAGAUAAGGAAAUGCUAGAGCCAAUCAUAGAUUUCCAGAAAAAGAUGCUGCGUGACAGACUCCGUCCCAAUGACACCCGUCUUGCCUUCGGUGACAGGGUCGUAGUUGAGAAACCUCCAGAGGAGCCUCAGGAGGACCCUCUGGCUCGUACAGGCUAUCCUUUUGGUGGGAUGGUGAAGGAUCUGAAGCGCCGUUACCGCCACUACAUCAGCGACUACACAGACGCUCUGAACCCUCAGGUCCUUGCUGCCGUCAUCUUCAUCUACUUCGCUGCCCUUUCCCCGGCCAUCACUUUUGGAGGGCUUUUGGCUGACAAAACAAAUAAAAUGAUGGGCGUGUCAGAGCUUAUGAUCUCCACCAGCAUCCAGGGUGUCAUCUUCUGUCUCAUCGCCGCCCAGCCUGUCCUUGUCAUUGGCUUCUCCGGACCACUGCUUGUGUUUGAGGAAGCUUUUCACGAAUUCUGCGAUUCCCAGGGCAUUGAGUACAUUGUGGGACGUAUCUGGGUGGGGAUGUGGCUGAUAGUGAUCGUGAUCAUCAUCGUGGCCGUGGAAGGCAGCUUCCUGGUCCGGUUCAUCUCCCGCUUCACUCAGGAAAUCUUCUCCAUCCUCAUCUCUCUCAUCUUCAUCUAUGAGACCUUUAAUAAGCUCAUCAAGAUCUUCAAAACCCACCCUCUGAUUCUGAACUACGAUCAUCUAAACACAACAUUGGAUAAUCCCUUCCACCCAAUCAUCAAGGAGCACUUUGAGAUCCAUGACGAUGGCAACAUAACCAUCCAUGAGCGGGAGAUUGAAAGGGCUUACCCCAACACUGCAUUGCUAUCUAUGUGCCUCAUGUUUGGUUGCUUCUUCAUUGCGUACUUCCUUCGCAGUUUCAAGAAUGGUCAUUACUUCCCUGGCCCGCUCCGUCGUUUGAUUGGCGAUUUUGGUGUCCCCAUUGCUAUUUUCUUCAUGAUUGCUGUGGAUAUCUGCAUUGAGGAUGCUUACACUCAGAAACUGGUUGUCCCAAAAGGCAUUGAGGUGACCAACCCAAAAGCCAGAGGCUGGUUCAUCAGCCCUUUUGGACUGAACAAGCCCUUCCCCGUCUGGAUGAUGGGUGCCUGCUGUGUACCAGCACUGCUCGUCUUCAUCCUCAUCUUCCUGGAGUCCCAGAUUACUACGCUGAUUGUGAGCAAACCUGAAAGGAAGAUGGUUAAAGGAUCCGGUUUUCAUUUUGAUCUCCUCCUCCUGGUCACCAUGGGGGGCAUUGUCUCUAUUUUUGGAAUGCCCUGGCUGAGUGCUGCCACUGUGCGAUCUGUCACCCACGCCAAUGCUCUCACUGUCAUGUCCAAGGGCCCGAAACCAGAGAUUGAGAAGGUGCUUGAGCAGAGGAUAAGUGGCAUGCUUGUGGCCAUCAUGGUUGGUGUUUCUAUUUUCAUGGAACCUAUUUUGAAGAUGAUUCCUAUGACAGCCUUGUUCGGUAUCUUCCUCUACAUGGGUAUCACCUCUCUGAGUGGAAUCCAGAUGUGGGACAGGAUACUUCUGCUGAUUACACCAAAGAAAUACUUUCCUGCUGACCCAUAUGCCACCAAGGUGAAGACACUGAAGAUGCAUCUCUUCACUUUGAUCCAGCUUGUGUGCCUGGCUGUCCUGUGGGUGGUGAAGAUGAGUCCAGCAUCUCUGGCGCUGCCUUUUGUUCUCAUUCUCACCAUCCCUCUGCGCAUGCUCAUGACCGGCAGGCUCUUCACUGUCAAGGAGAUGAAAUGCUUGGACGCAGAGGGUGCCAAAGUGACGUUUGAGGAGGAACCUGGGGUAGAUAUGUACAAUGAGUCCCCACUGCCUUAAACAACACCAUAUCUUUAAUGUUUCAUUCACAAAUGUUCAAAUAAACUCAGUUCUCAACUGCCAGUAAUUAUCUGAACAUUUAUUAUCAGGUUUCUUUAAAAAUAUGUAUUUGUACACACACAGUUUCAAACUUUUCUGUUUUUUUAUUGUUCCUCUUUAACGGAAAUUACUUCUCAUUUCUAGAAUCCAUACAAUAAACACACUCAACUUAAUUAUUGAGACAUAGUUUGAGCCAGGAAACAAAAACUUAAUUUCUUUAAAUGAGAAGUAUUUUCCUUUAAGACGUGAGGUAAAUCCAUUCAUAAUAUGUUGUUUUUUUCUUUGAGUGCAUAACUACAGUAUAGCUUUACGUGAAUACGUGCUACCACAUUGUAGAUCUGCCUAUGUUAUUAUAAUAAUAUAUGUUAAGAAAAUGUAAAACCUUAUGCUUUUUACACACAAAUAAUACGUUUUCAUGGGAUUGUUACACCAGCCCUUUCCCUACACAUUAGCUGUUGUUUAUUAUCAAAAAAUAGUUUUAAUUUGUGUUACUUGAGUUUACCCUUAUUUUCUAUAUUUGAUGUGUAUAGCAAGAUGUGUAAUGCCCGUAUAUCUGAUUUAAAGUGUGUAAUUGCUUUUAUGAUUAUAAAAUGGGAUGAGCAGUAAUGGGUGGAUAGUGGAUGAUGAUGAUGAUGAUAUAAUUGUUUGAGUUGAUUGUUGCACUAAUGAUAUAAUGAGGGAAACACAUAUUUGUAAAUGUAUCUUAUUAUGACUGCUCAUGUGUUCGUGUGCUUGAAACUCGGUAAAUGCUUGAUUGGAUGGAGUUUCACUUAAUUAAAAGUAAAAA